CUUUGUGUGUGUGUUUUUGGGGUUAAAUUUAUGUUGUAAUAAUCAUCUCGUGUUGACAUUCUGAGUAAAGUUGAGGAGUUUUGUGGUUGCAUGGAAAUUUCCUUGAAGGUUACUUCCACUCUUAUUGGUAAACAGUUUCUAGAUGACAAACAAUUUCUCACUAGGUUCCAAAUGAUAGUUAAAGCUGAAUAUUAGGCAACUAUUGCUUUCAAGUUUAUUUCCAUGAAAGUCGGUUUCUAAGGAAGUUCUUGGUCUUUUCUUGAUUUUGACAAGUCAGUGUUGACAUCUAUGUUAUUGAAAUUGAUUCAACAGUGUUUUUUCAUCUUUGUAUCUGCCUCCACUUAUUAUCUCUCUGCCUUCUUAGCAUAAGACACAUGAAUUCUGUACCAAGCUUUUGAUCUAUUUACAUUUGAUCUAAUACAGAUUGCUUUUUUCUGAUUGGUUUUGUAUACUUAUACGGGUUGCUUUUCAGGGAAUGUUGGGAUUACAAUUGUUCACCUCUGAGAAGUAAACACCAGAAUUUCAGAUACCUUUUGUAAUUUUCUUUUUUUAGAGAUUUUGGAGUUUAAUAGGAUUGGCUUAUUUAUUUUUGAUUGGCAAUUUUGUAUAUGAUUUUGUAAUUGGCUUGAGGACUUGAAUAUCCCUUUUUGCAAAAUGAUUAGUAGCUCAAAGCUUGCUAUUGAACAAGACUGAUCAAAUUUCAACAUGUAGUUUGUGCCACAGUUAGAGGGCCUCUGCAGAAGAAGAACAUUAUCAAAUUUUUAUAGCAGUAGUGAGUUGAGACAUUAACAUGGGAGGCAAAUCAUCUAAAUCUGACAGUCCACGAUACAGUUUCAACCAUGAUACUUCAUAUGGUUAUGCUUCUCAAUCAGACCUUGGCUCUUCAUCCUCUCCUUAUCCAGGAAAUUACGCUGAUUAUGAAAGAAGAAGCAAGCUGCAGUCAAGGUACAAAAGAAUUGGUGACGACUACCACUCUCUGGAACAGGUGACACAAGCUCUUCACCAAGCUGGUCUUGAAUCUUCCAAUCUUAUUGUUGGCAUUGAUUUCACAAAGAGUAAUGAGUGGACAGGCGCACGAUCUUUCAACCAUAGGAGCCUGCAUCACCUUGGAGAUCACUCAAAUCCAUAUGAACAGGCAAUAUCAAUAAUUGGCAGGACGCUUUCAGCAUUUGAUGAGGAUAACCUUAUUCCUUGUUAUGGGUUUGGCGAUGCAACUACACAUGAUCAAGAAGUUUUUAGUUUUCAUCCAGAUGAAAAACCUUGUAAUGGAUUUGAGGAAGUACUUUCUUGUUAUCGAGAAAUAGUGCCACAAGUACAUCUAGCUGGUCCAACAUCUUUUGCUCCGAUCAUCGAAACUGCAAUUGGAAUAGUUGACAAUAGUGGUGGUCAGUAUCAUGUUCUUAUGAUCAUUGCUGAUGGACAGGUAACAAGAAGUGUGAACACCGGUUCUGGUAACUUUAGUCCUCAAGAGAGAAGUACCAUCAAUGCUAUUGUGAAAGCGAGUAAUUAUCCUUUGUCAAUAGUUUUGGUUGGAGUUGGUGAUGGACCAUGGGACAUAAUGCAUGAGUUUGAUGACAACAUUCCAUCUCGGGCUUUUGAUAAUUUCCAGUUUGUAAAUUUCACUGAAAUCAUGUUGAAGUACAUCCCUGCAUCCAAGAAAGAGACAGAGUUUGCUUUGGCUGCACUAAUGGAGAUACCAUCACAAUACAGAGCUACAAUGGACCUGCAACUUCUGGGCUGCCGAAAAGGAACUCCUCGGAGAUUUCCACUCCCGCCUCCAGUUAGAAGCAUUUCAGAAAAUCCUUAUCCAAAGUAUAUACAAUCAAGCAGCAAUGAACGUUAUAAUGUACAUAGCAAUGAACACAACAAUGGAUAUACGUGGUCAAGCAACAUUGAACAAGAAAGUGGAUUUCAUUAUGCUUAUUCUACUCCAUCAUCAGAGCAUUCUCCACACAGCAGGACUUGUCCUGUGUGCUUGUGGAGUAAGAAAGAUCUUGCAUUGGGAUGUGGACAUCAGACAUGCUAUGAUUGUGGACAGGUCUUAACCUCUUGCCCAAUUUGUCGAACUCACAUAACAACAAGGAUAAAGCUGUAUGAGUAAUGCAUCUGGCCAAGCAACCAUUCUCGGAAUCAAUGGAAUGAAGAUUGUUUAACUCUCUAAGCUUGUUUAUCAAAGGGCCAAAUGGGCAUCUCAAAUGAUUUCCUUGGGUACUCAAACAUUUCUUGAUAGUGUAACAAUAUGCUUUUUUUUCCCUGAAACAAAAUUAGUGGUUCACCAUUUAUCUAUCAAAAUACCGAAUCUGUCUGAAUUGAUCAUGAAUAAAGAUAACAAUCCAGUUGAAAUGGGAUCAUUUCAAAA